GAAACGAUUCAACAUGGCGACGAAAAGUGAUUACAGCAACCGGUGUAUGCACUAUUCAGCAUCUGGAACAUCUAUUUUAACAGUGCGCACUGAGCAGUAAUGACAACAAAGAUUUUAUUUCGCCUCUUUAUACAAGGAGUUCUACUUCUUCACUUAUCACCUUGCACAAGAAGUAGCACAUUCUUUUUCAAUGCCACCUCAUCAAUGCAAGUGUCAUCAGCAAGUAUUCCACUCAAAAAUGGCUUUGAUUUCAGUUUUAGAACUUGCAGUGGUGGAGUGUUACUUGAUCAAAAGGGGUCAAGUAAUGGUUUUGUGCGUAUUGAAGUGGUGCGCACCACUGUGAAUUACACUAGGACACCUGUUUUAUUUAUUCCAAGCCACCUUAGAAUGACAUGGAAAGUUAAUGGUACUGAAGAGUCUGUUACCAUAGGGAAAGACCUGGAUAAAAAUAUUCUUCAUCAAGUACAGUUCACUCCUGGCAGUGGACAAGUAAAUUCAACUCUCACCCUGAGUGGUUUAACGACCCAGUUUGUCCAAAUGCCAAACACUAUUUUAGAAUUUGUAAGUUCAGGUCCCCUUUAUGCUGGGAACCAUAUAUCUGGAGGUGAAGGUUUUGUUGGAUGUAUAACAAGUGGACAAAAUAUUCCACUGCCAGAUAGUAUCUCUGUGAAUGUCAAUGCAAACUGCCCACUGGGCCAAUCUGGAUGUCCAGCCAAAGUUUGUCCAGCUGGUUUUACUGGAUACUAUUGUGAACUAAACAUUGAUGACUGUGCAAGUGCCAAGUGUCAUCACUACAGCACAUGUGUUGACCUUGUCAAUAACUUCAGCUGUAGUUGUGGACCAAGGUGGACAGGCCAAUUAUGUGACAUCUUCCUGGGAUCCCUGUGUAAUAAGACUAACAACAACAACACUGAUGUGUGUAAGAAUGGAGGUGUUUGUCGCGAUACUUCAGACAAAAACAACUACACAUGCACAUGUAAGCCUGGCUACACUGGACGCAACUGUGAGAAUGAAUUUGAUCCUUGUAAAAGUUAUCCAUGCAAGCAAGGAGGGACAUGCUCCAAGCUUAGUGCAGAUGACUUCAAAUGUGAUUGUCCAUCAGGUUUUAAAGGAAAGCAGUGUCAGGAAAAUAUAAAUGAUUGUGCAGCAUUCCCUUGUGGUCAUGCUGGUACAUGUAUUGAUGGAAUCAACAACUACACUUGUAACUGCACUGGGUCUGGCUUCACUGGGCCAUCAUGUCAGGAAGACAUUAAUGAAUGUAAUUCUACGAACAAACCCUGUCAUCCUAUUAAUACUGCCCAGUGCAUUAAUCAUGAUGGAUUUUAUCAAUGUGUUUGUAAGCAAGGAUUUAAUGGCAAGAAUUGUUAUGAAGAUUUAAAUGACUGUCGUAGUGAUCCCUGCCAAAAUGGAGGAACUUGUAUUGAUGAAGUAAACAGCUACAGAUGCAAAUGUAUGGAUGGAUUUACUGGAACCCUGUGUGAGAUUAACAUUGAUGACUGUUUGAAUCACAACUGUAACAACAACUCAAUAUGUGAUGAUGGUGUCAAUAAUUACACUUGUGUUUGUAAACCUGGAUUUAAUGGCAGUCAGUGUGAGAACGAUCUUAACGACCACUGCUGGUCCGUUAACUGUAACAGUGGAACUUGUAAAAGUGAUAACAGCAGUUUCCGAUGUGAGUGCUUUCCUGGAUUCAAUGGUACCUACUGUGAGAAUGAAAUCAAUGAGUGUGAAGGUGUUUCAUGUAACUGUGGGAGUUGCACUGAUCUUCUUGGAGCAUUCCGUUGUGACUGUGAUCCAUGGACUACAGGCCGGUACUGUGAGACUGACAUCGAUGAAUGUGCUAAUAAAAGUCAGUGCAGUGUGGAUAAACGUCAAGGUAUUUGUCAAAACAUCAACAUCACCAAAGAAACUUGUGAUAACCGCAAGAAAGGAGCUGAAUGCUACUGUACCCCCGGUUUUACAGGUGCAAACUGCCAGGAUAAUGUGGAUUACUGUCUGCAAUAUGCACCUUGUCAAAAUCAGGCAAAUUGCACCGAUGGAAAGGAAGUUAACGAGUACAGUUGUACCUGUGUGUCCGGCUGGACUGGACGAAACUGCGAUGUGGACAUUGAUGAGUGUCAGCUUGGAUACUGUCAGAAUAAUGCAACAUGUAAUAAUACUUUAGGUAACUACGCAUGUGCAUGCUUACCUGGCUUCACAGACCACAACUGUUCCACAAAUAUUAAUGACUGCCUACCAGACCCAUGUGAAAAUGGUGGAAACUGUACAGAUCUAAUAAAUGGCUUCACCUGUGCAUGUCAGCCAGGAUAUGACGGUAAAAAUUGCUCCAACAACAUUGAUGAAUGCGAGUCUAAUCCAUGCCAGAACAAUGCAACAUGUAUCGACGCCAUAGCUGAUGUCAACUGCACUUGCACAGCCAACUUCACGGGGAAAUACUGUGAGCUUGAGUUAUCUUCUUGCAUUCCUAAUCCGUGCAAGAAUAAUGGCACCUGUGAUUUACAAAACAACAACUUCACUUGUACUUGCGCAGCUGGCUUCGGAGGUGUACAUUGUGAAAAUAUAACCACAGUUGGAUUAAAUGGCUCCUCGUUCAUGGAUUUCCACGUCGGAAAACAAAUGUUUGAACUCUCUUUUCAGUUUAGAACAACUCUGAAUCACGGCUUAUUAGGCACUGAUUCAGGAAGCAAUUUUCUUGUUUUUCUUGAUAAAAAUGAAGUACACGUAUUGUACAAUAACAUGAAUAAACUCUCAGCUGGCAAAAAGGCUUCUCUCAGCAAUGGACUCUGGCACACUGUUUUUAUCAACAUAUCUGCAGACUCCAUAAUUCUCAUUGUGGAUAACUCAUCUUGUGGCGAGCUUUGCCAGACGUCUUCACCUCUACAAGCACAGGCUGACGUUUCAAAACUCUACAUAGGUGGAUCUUCAUCUCCUGUUAACUAUCUUCACAACACGCUGUAUAAUUUCACUGGUUGUAUUCAAGAUGUAACGAUUGAUAUGGAGACAGUGAUCCCCACAAGUGCAGUAGUGGAAUUACAUAACACUGUUACUGGGUGUCCACGAGAAGAGGUGUGUUUAUCCAACCCCUGUGCAAAUGGCCAAUGUAUUGACGAAUGGAUCAAAUUCAGCUGUGAUUGCACACGACCUUGGAUCGGCUCGCGCUGCAAUACUACGGUAACACCGGGAACGUUUGGUGCAACAGAGCCGUUGAACACAGGUAGCAGCAGACGCCGACGUAAUGCUGACAGUAUGCACAACGUUUCCUUUGCUAAAUUCCUCACUGAUGGCACCCGUUUUGACUCAGCUGCAGAGUUGUCAUUCUUCAUCCGAACUCGAGAACUGAGAGGAUUAAUAAUACUGAUGACAGACAAUCAGGAUCAUCACAUUAGUGUUGUGAUUGACCAAGGAAUGUUGUUUGUACAAACCACUUCAAAUGGACACACCUCCAAUAAUACCAUAAAUGGAAGGGUUAGUGAUGGACAUUGGCACUUUGUUGAAAUCCGAAACAACAUGUCACGCUUUGACAACCUCACUAUGGUCACGGGACCCAUUGUUAACAAAGAUAUCACAUUGACUUCGACCUACCUUGGAGGACUUGAUGACUUCUCUCUUUACCCAGAAGCUGACAUCAUUCGAACUCCAUUUCGAGGCUGUUUGCAGGACAUUCAACUGAACAAAAAACUGUUUGACUUCGGGUUUAAUGACGCGUCGUUAAUAUCCACGGAUCGUUACACGUUACUUGCUUCAAGUGGUCUGGGUGAAGGCUGUAAGGGAAUGAAUGUGUGUCGAUCAUUACCUUGUGGUGAUGGAGGCUAUUGUAAAGACUUGUGGAACAAAUAUCAGUGUGAGUGUAAACCUCGCUACGGUGGCCCGGACUGUGCACUGUACGGUUGCUCCUUGGUUAACCUGUGCCCUCACAACACCACCUGCUUGGAUAUCGGAGAAAAUUAUGAAUGUGUACAUCCCUUUACUUUCAAUGGCAGUGCAAGUCGUGCAGAAUUCACUUUAGUCUCCAGCGUUAAUGUCAGCAUGGAUGUGUCUUUACGAGUACGAACAAGGGAGUCCUCAGCUGUGCUGAUUCACAUUCGUCAAGGCUACGACAGAUUUUUCAAGAUGGCACUUGACGAUGGACAAAUUAACAUCAGUUUUGCUCUGAAUGGAGACAAAGGAGGAAUAUCCUUAGAUAAUCAAGUAAAUGACGGCCAUUGGCACAAAAUCAUGUUCAAGAUGACUGAUAAUCAGAGUUAUUUGACCGUAGAUGGCUCCACCACAAUUGAUUCCUCGAAAUAUUCAAUCAAUGAAAUAACAAGCUUAUUAAACAACACUUCAGUUGUGGUGGGUGGGUCAGCAUUCAAAGGAUGCAUAGAUAACGUGCGUAUCGGUGAUCUGCUGCUGCCGUUUGUUGAUUACUACAACAGCACCUUGAAUGUUAGUCACGUGACUCCUUUGGAGCCUCACUUCCAAGUUAACAAGACAGAACUGAAGUUCGGUUGCCACAGUGAUGACGUUUGUGGUCCGGCACCUUGUGUGCGGGGCACGUGCAGUGACGAAUGGAACCUGUUCAAUUGCGCAUGUCCAGAAGGAUGGGCAGGGCGUAUCUGUACACUAACUGCCAACAUGACAUGCGCACAUUCCCCGUGCGUCAAUGGCACGUGUUCUAAUCUGACUGACGUUGGCAAGGCAACCAAUCAGAAACAAGUAAGUGACGUAGGAUUUGAUAUGUUUGAGUGCAAGUGUACUCAAGGAUUUGAAGGAAAGCUUUGUGAAAAUGCCACGAACGAAUGCGUCCCUGAUCCAUGUGAAAAUGGCGCAAACUGCACUGAUCUUCAUCUUGACUAUAACUGUACUUGUCCCAGAGGUUACGCUGGAAAAAACUGUUCAACGAACAUCGACGAAUGUGUGAAUAAUAACUGCACUAACAAUUCUACUUGUGUCGACGGAAUCGGCUUGUAUAGUUGUUCUUGCGUGACUGGUUUUAAUGGAACCUUCUGUGAGCAAGAUAUUAAUGAAUGUGAAGUUACGAUGCCGCUCGGUCCUUGUAACGUAUCAGGAACACAUAACUGCUCUAACUUGGUGGGCGGAUACAAGUGUGUCUGUAAACAAGGAUUCUUCGGGGAGCUGUGUCAGUAUGACUUUAGCAUGAAAUGCGAAUUGGAUAACCCUUGCCAAAAUGGUGGUAAUUGUUCAGAUAACGCAACAGCUGUUAGCUGCUCUUGUCCUGAGGGGUAUAAUGGGACAUUUUGUCAGAAUGAUAUUCACGAAUGCGAAGACGAGCCAUGUAUGAACAACGGAACAUGCAUUGAUAGCCAUGUGAACUCCACAAGUCGUAUGUUCCCAGGCUACAAGUGCAACUGCACUAAUGAUUUUGAAGGGCAGCGAUGUGAAAAGAAAAUAGACCUGUGUGAAUCUGAACCUUGCAAGAACAAUGCCACGUGUGAAAGGUUGGCUUAUAACAAGUAUCAGUGUAACUGCACACCUGAGUAUAAGGGAGAAAACUGCUCUAUUUUCAGAGCCUGUUACAGCAGACCAUGCCAGAAUGGAGCUACUUGUAACGAAUCCUACAACCCAAAUAAUUAUUCCUGCUCAUGCCCAUUCGGGUUCUACGGACGAAACUGCGAAAAAGUCAUAGAUUACUGUUCACCAGACCCUUGUAGAAAUAACGCGACUUGCGUGAAUUUGAACAGAGAAGGAAAGUAUUUCUGCAACUGUACUGAAGGAUUCGGUAAUAUAAACUGUAGUGGCUUGUUAACAUUUUGCGAUCCCGACCCAUGCAUUAAUGGAAAUUGUACUCCUCUAAUGGACACUUUUCAGUGCGAGUGUAACCCAGGUUAUACAGGAAAAAAUUGCAUUGAGCUCAUUAACAAAUGUGAUUCGAAUCCUUGUCUCAACGGUGGCACGUGUACCUCUACUGACGGCUCAUUUCGCUGCGAGUGUGAGUCUGGUUGGGUGGGUGAAACAUGUCAGUAUGUACAUCCGUGUAACAGUAGUCCGUGCAAGAACGGUGCAACUUGCAAAUCCACUGAUCAGGCUGGGAAUUUUUCGUGUCUUUGUCGGGAUUAUUUCACAGGUACAAGGUGUGAAAUUUCGCAAGAACCAACCGAUCCCUCCGAAAGGUCCGGCGGCAGUCAAGCUAUACUAAUCGGUGGAAGUAUAGCGGCUUGUAUUAUCGCCAUGUUGUUGUUCGUUUUAUUGGUAAUUGUUCUGAAGAAGAGAACUUCAAAUGGCACAUACAAUCCUAGUAAGGAAGAAUUAGAGGCUGGGCGUGUUGAACUGGAUUCCAUGUUGAAACCGCCUCCUCCGGAAAGACUCAUAUGAAAUUUUGUGUCGCUCCAAGAUGAUUAGUUAAGAGUAAUCGACCCUGAGUUCAUCUGCUGAAGACCACUCUGCUCCCUCCGGUCUCUGCUUCAAAGAAGAAUUGGUUCAAUUGACCACCUUCCUUGUGUUGAUAACGACCACACUUGGAAAACAAUUCCUUCAGUGGUUGUGUUACCCAACAACCUUCAACCAACUAUCCAAAACUACACAUUGGGAUCAAAAUGUAAUAGGACAAAGGUAAUUUUUUUAGGCGUUUUGCAGAAUAUGCUAAGAGUAGAAGUAUAUUUUAUUUUGCGCACCAUACGUGAAAUUGCUACCGAAGUUUUGCAGAAAUAUUCCGCGCAGAUUUUUGUAAACUUCUUUUUUACUCGGCGACGCUUUCCUUUGUAAGGUUUCCUCAUUUUUCGAACUUUCGGUGAAAUUUACCGGAAUUGUGUAGGGGUUUUUUGGCUAUUUUUCUCUUUUUUCGUUUUGUUUUUGUUUGUUCGAAUUCCUUAGGUUUUGAACGGCGCUUUAUUCUGAGUAUAUCUCGUUUGCCCUUAAGAUUGUUCGGGGACGUGCAGCAGUAACGAGAAUAUCUUAGAAAACCUUUGUAGUUCACGAAGAAAAAUGUUAACCUCUUUCUCGAGCUCUUUCUUCGGGCAGCUAGAAUUAAUUCUAUAAACAUUUAUAGUUUUUUUUAAUGGCGAGGAACUGCCAAAAGGUAUUUACCUAACCAUCGUCAAUUUUAUUUCCCUUACGCAUUUGUUUUCGUAUCUCCUUGAUGUUUUGUCAGUCUCUCAUAUAUGGUCAGAAUAUAAUGUAUAGUUUGUCUGUAUGUAGGAAUUAGCCUCAUUUUAAACAAUGAAACAUUAGGUAGCUUUCUCCGGUAGCUUAUCAUGGGGUGUUGUAUGAAAUAAGUUUACCAAGAACACUGGUAGUUGUAUACCAGAAUUUUAUUUAAAGCAAUCAACUGUGUAUAUAUAUGCGUGACGCGAAGUUGAGUUUAAUUAAUUACCUAUUUUAGACUUUAUAUUGAUUUGAAUGAAAGAUGAAUCAAGGGUAACUUUUGCAAUAUAUUUUUUUUUUAAAUAAAAAUAGUCGUGAUCUGC